CCCGCCGCCGCCCGCCCCGCCACCACCGACGGCUCCGUCCCGGCGGCCGCGCUCGGGGCUCAGGACCACCCGCUCUGGCCGCCGCUGGCGCCGCCGCCCUCGGAGCCGUGGCGAGGGCGGCGGGACGAGCCGCCGCUCUCCAUCGACCUCACCUUCCACCUGCUGCGGCACCUCCUGCUGCUCGCCCGCGCCCAGAGCCAGCGCGCCCGCGCCGAUUCCAACCGCCGCAUCCUCGACGCCGUGGGGCGCUGACCGCCCCCGGGAGCUCCCGGACACCCCGAACCCCCGGAACCCCGGGGCUGCACCGGCCCCAGCCACCGCCUCGGCCUCUGCACCGUGGGGCGCUCGGCACCAACAGCGGCGCGGGCUGAACCCGCCCGAGCCCAGCGCCGGGGCGAGCGGAACCGGCCCCGCACCGGUCCGCACCGAUUUUGUA